AUGGCGGGAAGUAGACAAGUGGCGAUCGGAAUAGAUUUAGGGACAACAUAUUCGUGUGUUGGUGUUUGGCAACACGAACGGGUUGUAAUAAUAGCAAAUGAACAGGGUAACCUCACCACUCCUUCAGUUGUUGCCUUUGACGAUACCAAGCUUCUGAUCGGCGAUGCUGCUAUAUACCAAUCCUACGUCAACUCCGCCAACACUGUUUUUGAUGCUCAACGGUUGAUUGGAAGGAGGUAUGGUGAUCCCACUGUGCAGGGCGACAUGAAAGUUUGGCCUUUCAAAGUUGUAGAAGGCCAAUGUGGUAAGCCUAUGAUCGUAGUCACAUACAAGGGUGUUGAGAAGCAGUUUGCUGCUGAAGAAAUUUCUUCUAUGGUUCUUACCAAAAUGAAAGCAGUAGCUGAUGCAUACCUUAACACUAACGUGAAAGCGGUAGUGAUAACUAUCCCUGCUUAUUUUGACGAUUCACAACGUCAAUCAACAAAGGAUGCUGCUACUGUUGCUGGCCUUGAUGUUCUGCGUUUGCUGAACGAACCUACAGCAGCUGCAAUUGCUUAUGGGCUACACGAGAAAGCUACCAUAGCUUCUGAAAGAAACGUGCUUAUCUUUGAUUUGGGAGGUGGUACGUUUGAUGUCUCUCUACUCACCAUUGACAACGGCAGGUUUGAGGUGAAAGCUGCAGGUGGGGACACCCAUCUGGGUGGUGAGGAUUUUGAUAAUCGAAUGGUGGAAUACUUUGUUGCAGAGUUCAACAGGAAAUACAAGAAAGAUAUUAGCAGGAAUUUUAAAGCGAUGUGGAGGUUGAGUGUUGCUUCAGAGAAAGCAAAAAGGAUUCUUUCCUCCACAACUCAGACUUUUAUAAGUAUUGACUGCUUGUAUGAUGGUAUUGAUUUUUCAUCAAUGAUAACCAGGUCUAAAUUUGAGGACCUAAAUAUGGAUCUCUUUGAUAAGUGUAUGGAAACUGUGGAAAGGUGUCUGGAGGAUGCGAAAGUGGAAAAAGACAGGGUUGACGAGGUGGUUAUUGUUGGAGGGUCAACACGUAUUCCUAAGGUUCAAAGAAUGUUGCAAGACUUUUUUGAUGGUAAGGACCUCUGCCAGACAAUUAAUCCGGAUGAGGCUGUUGCUUAUGGUGCCGCUGUUUUGGCUGCACAUAUUGGCGGCCAGGGAAGUCAAAUGGUGCGAGGUUUGACAUUGUUGGAUGGCACCCCUCUUUCACUUGAAGCGAUCGGGAUAGAUUUAGGAACAACAUAUUCAUGUGUAGCCGUUUGGCAACAUGAACGGGUUGAAAUAAUAGCAAAUGAACAGGGCAACAUGACCACUCCUUCCAUUGUUGCUUUUAAUGAUGUCGAGCGUUUGAUCGGUGAUGCUGCCAAGAACCAAGCCUCUGUCAACCCCCUCAACACCGUUUUUGACGCUAAACGGUUGAUUGGAAGGAGGUAUGGUGAUGCAACUGUGCAGGACGACAUGAAAGUUUGGCCUUUCAAAGUUGUAGAAGGCCAAUGUGGUAAGCCAAUGAUCGUAGUCACACACAAAGGUAUAAAGAAGCAGUUUGCCGCUGAAGAAAUUUCUUCUAUGGUCCUUACCAAAAUGAAAGCAGUAGCUAAUGCAUACCUUAACACUAACGUGGAAGUGGCAGUAAUAACUGUCCCAGCUUACUUUGACGAUUCACAACGUCAAUCAACAAAGGAUGCCGCUACUGUUGCAGGCCUUGAUGUCCUGCGUUUGCUAAACGAACCUACAGCAGCUGCAAUUGCUUAUGGGCUACACAAGAAAGCUACCAUAGCUUCUGAAAUAAAUGUGCUUAUCUUUGAUUUGGGAGGUGGUACAUUUGAUGUCUCUCUACUCACAAUUGACAACGGCAGGUUUGAGGUGAAAGCUGCUGGUGGUGACACCCAUCUGGGUGGUGAGGAUUUUGAUAACCGAAUGGUGGAAUACUUUGUUGCAGAAUUCAACAGGAAAUACAAGAAAGAUAUCAGCAUGAAUUCUAGAGCGUUGGGGAGGUUGAGGGUUGCUUCAGAGAAAGCUAAGAGGAUUCUUUCCUCCACAACUCAGACUUUUAUAGAUAUUGACUGCUUGUAUGACGGUAUUGAUUUUUCAUCCAAAAUAACCCGGGCCAAAUUUGAAGAGCUAAAUAUGGAUUUCUUUAAUAAGUGUAUGGAAACUGUGGAAAGAUGCCUGGAGGAUGCGAAAGUGGAGAAAAACAAGGUUGACGAGGUGGUUAUUGUUGGAGGGUCAACACGUAUACCUAAGGUUCAAAGAAUGCUGCAGGACUUUUUUGAUGGCAAGGACCUCUGCAAGACAAUUAAUCCGGAUGAGGCUGUUGCUUAUGGUGCCGCCGUUUUGGCUGCACACUUGAGCGGCCAGGGAAAUGAAUUGGUGCGAGAUUUGACAUUGUUGGAUGUCACCCCUCUUUCACUUGGUGUGGAGACAGUUGGAGAAGUUAUGAGUACCGUGAUCCCUAGAAACACACCGAUACCUGUUACAAAGGAGCAGAUGUAUGGGACCUCUUAUGACUACCAAUCUGAUAUACUGUUUAAGGUUUAUCAAGGCGAGAGAAGUAGAUCGACAGACAACAAGUUUCUCGGUGAAUUUGAACUUUCCAACAUCCCUCGUGCUCCUAAGCGUGUUACACAGGCAAGAGUAAGUUUUGUCGUUGAUGCUGAUGGUAUUUUGAAUGUGUCCGCGGAGGAACCCUUGACUGGUCAAAAUAACAACAUCACGAUCAAGAUCAAUAGCAUGAGACUCGGUAAGAAAGAAAUUGAGGACAUGUUGGAAGAAGCGGAAAGAUACAAAUACGAGGAUCAAGAGUACAAAAAGAAAGUGGACGCCUAUAAUGCAUUGGAAGAUUACAUUUAUGUGAUAAAAACAAAAAUGAAGGACGGCGACAUCAGGAAUAGGCUAAGUCAGAGUAAUUUGAAGAAGAUGGAUGAUGUGGUUGAGAAGGCAAUGCAGUGGCUUGAGUUAAAUAAGCUAGCAGAAACUAACGUGACAGCUGGUAAGAAGAAGAAACUGGAACGUGUGUGUAACCCCAUAGUCGGCCAGUUUCCUUAAGGAACGAGCAUGCAGGAAGAUUCAUCCACAUACAUGUAUCAGAGUGUAUGAUCAAUGAUGCAACAUAUAUUUCGAUCUUACCGAACCCCAUUUGGUAAGCAGUAAUGCUGUUUGGAAGUUGAUUUUCUAUGUGAAAUUGUCUUAAUCGUUGGGAUCUGGAGGACAUGCUUCAAUCUCCAUAUAUGGAUAUGUGUUAUGUGAUCGAUAAGCUUGUGUUUGAUUAUAACAUAUAUACUUCUUAUGAACAAUCUGGCUUCUUUUUCUUUUUUUUUUAGUUUUCCUCAAGUUAGUAAUCAAACGUCAUUCCAUCCAAUCCA